AACACACACAGUCUCUGUGCGCGCUCCCGGGUGCCCGGGCCGGGGACGCGCCCCCUCCUGGCAGAGAGUCGCGCAGAGGAUGCCGGGAGGUUGGAGUUUGAACAGACUGGCGGCAGCCCCAGCAGCAGUAGCUCCACAGUACACCGCCGUCACCCGCCGUACCGGCACACCACCCGCCGCCAUGGCCACCCGCACACCCAGGAAGAGGAAGCUCAGCUCCGGCACCAACGCCGCCGCCGACGGGCGCUGGUCUUCCUUUGGAACGCCGAUAAAGAAAUUGUUGGUAGACUGCAGUGUUGUUCUUUCUCCGCUACAAGCCAGGAACCCCAAUAGAAGCAACACCAUGAGACGUUCGCCCACAUCCGGCUACACCGGUAUCGAAGACCCCUUCGAGAAGGAGAAUGUUGGAGUGUCUCCUCUGAAGACGGGCGUAGCCAGGAAACUGCUUGUUUCACCUAUGCAACCGGAAGAUGGAGAAAAAGGUCCCCUGAGGUCACCCAGCGAUGGUUCAUCCCCGAAGAGCGCAGUGCCGGUGAAGACGUUUUACACGAAUGUCAAAGCGUACGUCUCCCCUCUUGAUAGGAAACUGAUAAAUAAAAGCAGGACAAGCCUGGAUCAGAAUUCCUCUCCUCUUAGUAAAUCGGCAGCAAAAAGUCCAGAUAGUUCCAAAUUUACCAGAACAAAAAAUCCACAAAGUCAAAAGAAAAGUAUGGUUGGCAGAGAUGCGGUGCCCACAAAAAGUGUAAAGAGCAAAACGAAGGGACCCGCCAUCAAGCCGUCACCGAAAGCUUCAGAAAAUGCCAGCGUAGCCCUUGGCUCUGAGAAAAGCACCACCCUGGGGCUGAAGUUAAAACCAAGGCUAAAGCUCACCAUGGGAGCCGCGUUUUUUGCCACCAGCAAGAGGCCUCACCGUGCACCCAAGAGAUUACCCAAGUUUCCUGCAUCCUCAAAGUCUUCAGCAAACCGAAGCAAGCAGCCGAGUGCUGCGGCAGGGCCAGCCCCGAACUCUGGGGAGAAAGUCACGGGGACCAGCUGCGUAAGCCGGAAAAGGGUCAGCUGGGAGAAAUCCCUGGUCUAUGAGUUCUCCACAUGGGGAAAGGAAGACGAGCGCAAAACAGUUGUUGAAUCACCAGUGAACGAGAGCACAAAGACCAGCCCAGAGCAGACCAAUGCGCGGCCUGAAUGCAAGAGUCCAUCUUCCCAGCAGGAGGGCAGUGGAACCACGCCAACGAGAAAGGAACCUGAGUGUCUCUUCAGUACAGACGACACUAUACUGAAGUCCUCGCACCAGAAAGCUUCCUUAAAUUAUCCGAUUUUCAGCAGCCCACCCGUAACCAAGAAAAGGCCUUUCGAUCUGGGGGGAGAACUGACGGCCCCGGUGUGCUCCAGUACCCCGCUAAGCACACCCGCUGCCUUAAGCAAAGCCCCAAAACACAGCAAGAAGAGAGAGGCCAACAAGGAGACGGAGGAUCAGCUCAUCAUUGACGCCGGACAGAAGCACUUUGGCCCCGUGGCCUGUAGCUCCUGUGGCAUGGUCUACUCUGCGGACAGUAUAGAGGACGAGGGGCAGCACGUACAGUAUCACCAGAGGCUGCUGGAGAGCAUUCGCUACGUGGGCUGGAAAAAGGAGCGAAUCGUGGCUGAAUUCUGGGAUGGAAAAAUCCUAAAGAUCUACCCGGAUGACCCGAAAUACACCCUCAAAAAGGCCGAGGAGGUGCGGGAACUUGUAGACCAGGAGCUCGGCUUCCAGCAGACCACGCUGAGGUCUCCAAGCAAGACGGUGACCUAUCUGUUUGUAUCUGGUGACCGGAAGAUUGUUGGCUGUUUGAUUGCAGAGUCCAUCAGUCAGGCAUUUCGAGUCUUCGAUGAGCCCUCAAAGAACAAUUCCGCCGGCCAGGGUGCGCUGGAGCGGCACAGAGCCUGGCGUUGUUCCCCCGAACCUCAGAAGGCAAUCUGUGGCAUCAGCAGAAUCUGGGUCUUCGCUCUGAUGCGCCGGAAAGGCAUCGCCCGCCGCCUUGUGGAUACAGUGAGGAAUUCCUUUAUUUAUGGCUCUUACCUGACGACGAAUGAAAUUGCCUUCUCGGACCCGACGCCGGACGGCAAACUGUUUGCCAGCUCCUAUUGCAAAGUCCCAGACUUCCUGGUGUACAACUUACUGAGCUAGAGUCAGCCGUGUUCCGCUUCUAGUUUGUAUAUUUUAUUACCGGAACCUUGUGGUUGCAGAACCAUGCAAGUUUAGCAUUUGUUGCACUUUGUGUUUUAUUCCCUUUCAUUUGCUGCUACAAAACAUCCUCAAGUUGCUUUUAAAAGAAUGUUAAUGAUGGAGAGAAGUGUUUCCUUUAUGUCCGAUAUAUGAAAGUAUACUGGUAAGGAUCUAGUUAUCCUGUAGUUUGGUAACUGCCCGCCCACCUGACGUCACUGUUCCGUUCACUUCCCCACUUAUUGGAAUUGCACCCUGGGUGGCCUGUUUCACUGACGCCUGAUAGAGGCACCUGUCACUCACAUACCGUGGUUCAUUGGCAUACAGUUAUAUUAAUUUAUUAGGAACCAGUACUUCACGGAUAUUAUUCACAAGAAGCGCUACACGUGUCACUGAUUCCCAUAUAAUAUCACAAAGCUAGUGCCACCUGACAAAUGGUUGUAUUUUACUGUUGAAUUGCGGACGUUUGAUUGUAAAGGUUAUAGAGUAAUGUUUGUGGUGUUAGACUGGCUGCCUGGGAAUAUACAUGCCUGCGAUGCGUUGGUUAGAGAAUGCCAGCGGUCAGAAUACCGACCGUGGCAUCCCAAUGUCCGCAGCUUAACCCUCGUGGUGGCGUGCCUAACCACCCCUCCCUACAGCCUAACCCUCCCACCACAGCCUAAACCUGACACCACCCCUCCCUCCCCACAGGCCCUUCCUUACCUAUAUCGGUAUUGUCUGCACUUCCUUCUUUUAUGUCUGUUCUGUAAAUAUUUUCACGUUCUUUGCAAAGUUUGUACCAGUUUGUGUGAUUGCGGUGUGUUGUGUUGUGUUCAUAGUUUAGAUUGCAGUGUUCCAUCACUUUGAGUCUAUAGUGUAUUGUACGUCCUGUCCUGUGCUAUCACUGUGUUAUAUCACAAUAUCCUGCAGGUAAAGGUGGGUUACAUACAGGUGUAUGAGGGUCAGAACCUUCCCACUGGGUGGCAAAUAAAAAGUUUGGUUUUCUUAAAUCUUGCAGGAACACUUUGUACCACACUUGUUAUUUCCUGUCAAACUAAAUAAAGUUUUAAUUUGAA